AUGGAAGGCAUGCAACAGGAAAGUGCAGCAAACAAAGAAAUAUAUGGACUUUUCAAAGCCCAAGGUGAAUUGCCUUUAAACCGAGCAAUCCAUAAGGCCAUCCAAUUCUCUGAAGAGCUACAAAAACGCAGCAGCGCCCUUGAUAAUGAGGUUGACAGAACUCAUAUCAACGACCUGUUACGAGAGCCCUCGCCUCCAACUGAACAAAAAAGGAAGUUCCCUUGCGCCAGUUUGACGCGUGAAACUUCGCCCCAGAGCUCUACUUUCAGCCAAGAUGGCGGCGACUCUAAUACAGCGAAGGCGACUACACUCUAG